ACCUCAAACCAUCAUGGUAAAGAAUUUCCACCCCCCCCCGGCAAAAGGAUAUCUUUCAGCGUUUCAACCACCAUCCACAACGCAGGCUUCCAGCACUGUGGCCUCCCCUUUACCUACACAGUCCACGAGUCUGACAGCAUUGAUGGAGUCGCUGUAUUGAUCGCAAGCGAUUAUUUUGGCGGUGAGAGUGUCAGUAUGCCAGUAACUCCACAACUCCAUCUGCCCCACCAUUUAGCAGAGCUCGAGGGAGUUGGAGUAAAGGAACUCGAGUAUAGCUGCAUUAUAUUUCACAAGUUUUGCAACGAGCAAACCGAGACUGCUCGGUUGAUCGGCGCGAUCAACAUUCUGAUUGUGGAAGUAAAUGCCAAUGAGCGUAUAAUCAUCGGCGACAACACAGAUUGGUCUAGCCUAUACAGUAUUGUGACUGCAUACUCGACAAAAGCCCAACACCAACCCAACACCGGACUGGUCAUCGGGGGUGGGGUCAAAGACGAUUUCAAGUCCGUUUUUGAGAUCAAGGUUGUCCCACGUCUCCGAGAACUUCCAGAGCAUCCGGAAGUCGUUAUCGGCACUGUGCCCGCAGAGAGCACUGCAGAGACUCGGUUCUCCUCGUUGUUUGGAAACCGAGGUUUGUGUGUCGAUAUGGCAUACAAGCCGAGUCAAAAGCCACUCUUUACGGUGGCACAGCAGACUCAAGGGUGGGACACAGUUACUGGCGUGGAGGUACUACUCGCACAGGACUUCGACCAGUUUCUACUCUGGACUUCAGCCGCCGAGGGAGAUUAUGGCGGAAGCAAUUGUGGCUAA